AUGCCGGUCUAUAUGCUCCAUGGCUUCCGGUGGCCCCGCGCCGGGUUCACGGGGAUCCGCGUAUACAUCGUACUCCACAACCUGGAAGAAGCAGCAGCGGAAUACAUCCAGCAACCGCUGACGACCGAACUCAUCGCAGAAUCCUUCCACAAAACACAAGCUGACCUCGUGAACCGGCUGCCGGAGCUGUCGUUUAUCGAGCAGUAUGACCCCGCCGACGAGACCAGUGGCACCGUCAGCCAAGACCAUGCGUAUGUUUCAACGCGUGUUCUGGAGAUUCCAGAGGAUGAGAGUGGUGGUGGUGGCGGAGCGAAUAUCGAGGAUUGCGUGGAACAGGGCUCUGGGUUGACGGACGACCAGACGGCGGCGCUGGAGGAGUUGCGCGAUCGCCUAGCCCCCGGCGAGAAAAUCGGCUGGUAUCUUGUUUACAAUGGCGAUCCUGAACGGUGGUAUCCUGACUCCGAGGACGAGGAGGAUUACGAGUCUGAAGAUGACUCUGAGGAUGAGAGCCAGACUCGGCGCCAGAGUCAGGCUCAGAGCCAAAAGGGGGAUAGAAACACAGAGCCUCCUAGUCCCCAGAGCUAUACGGUAUGUGGUUUCUUUCUUUCUUUCUUUCUUUUUGCGGACUUGCUCAGUCUCACUUAUAUCUGCAUGGUUGCUGAUGGAGUAUUUCUAGACUCGCCUGACGAGGUUUUGGAAUCGGAUGAGCUCGGGGUGAGAGCUGUGGCUGAGUGCUAUGGAAGAUGGCAAAUCAGGCCAAUCGAUUCCGUCACUACGCAGUGUCACUCGUUGCCUUGUUACAUGUGUUAG